AUGAAGGAGUCCUUUGUGCCUAGGUCCUAUUAUCACAAGCUUCGUGGGGAACUUCCAGAGCUAAGGCAAAGAUCCAUGAGUGUGAUGGAUUACUACUAUGAACUUCUUGCCUUGAUGAACAAGAUUGGAGUGAAUGAAUCGGAGGAAUCCACUCAAGACCGAUUCAUCCAUGGUCUCAACAUUUCGUUGAAGCAUAAAGUCCAAAUUGAGGCUUUAAGGAGAAUCACAUUGGGGGAAGUACUACGUUUUUCCAAAACUUUUGAGAGUCAAGGAAAAGAAGUGGCUCUUAGCAAGGCGAGGGUGGCCUCUAACCAAACCGGGAUGGGAGGGAACAAGUGGAGUGCCCCUUCCAAGAAGAUGGAGAGUCCGCCUAUUACUCAAGGCAAGGCACCAUACAAGGCAUCGCCAAACCCGAGCCCACAAGCUACCAAAAAUCCUCCUUCAACGGAAAGUAGCAAGGUGAAAUGUUUCAAGUGUAAGGGCUAUGGUCACUAUGCACGUGAGUGCCCUAACCAAAGAGUGAUGGUUAUUGGGCAAGAUGGUAGCGUGCAUAGUGAGGAUGAGGAGGAUAGAGUGGAGGAAGGCAAGGAGGCGAGUGUGGAGCCGCGUAUGUCAUAUUCUGGUGGAGAAGAAGAGGAUGAGGGGUCGAAGACACUAGUGAUGCUAAGGAUUCUCAAUGUACAACCCGACCUUGAAGAGCAUAAGGAGCAAAGGUGCAACAUCUUCCAUAUGAAUUACAAGGUACGAACUAAAACUUGUUUGGUGAUUAUUGAUGGAUGUAGUUGUGCUAAUGUGGUACGUGAACAAGUAGUGGCCAAGUUGGGGUUGAAAGUUGACAAACAUCCCAAUCCUUACAAGCUUCAAUGGCUAGGGGAGUCCGGAGAGCUAAAGGUGAAGGCUCAAUGCUUAGUUCUUUUGAAGAAUGGUGUCUUUGAGGAUGAGGUGAUGUGUGAUAUCAUUCCAAUGACGGCUUGUCAUAUGUUGUUGGGAAGGCCUUGGGAGUUUGAUAGGAGGGUGUAUAAGAAUGGUUUCACCAAUGAAUAUUUCUACAUGGUGAAUGGUUUGAAGGUUAGGUUGAAGCCCCUCUUACCUAAGGAUGUGUUUGAGGCACACCAACAUCUACAAAGGGAAAGGGAAAGGGAUAGAGAGAAAAGGCUUGUGAGUGAGCGUGAGCUAAAAAAGCCAAGUGAGAGAGGGGGUGGUGAGAGCAAAAAUAAAGUACCUAAACAAGAAAAACCACAAGCAAGGGAGGGAAAAGGUUGCUUGUUAGCUAGGACUCCCGACCUUGGGUGGGCACUAAAAUUCCGUUCAACCAUUCUCCUCAUGGUCCGGAACGAUUUAUGUUUAAAUGCUAACACUAAACCUUGUCCUUUGUUGAUUGAAAGUGUUUUGCAAGGUCUUAAGGAUGUCUUCCCGGAUGAGCUAUCCGAUGAGCUUCCACCAUUGAGGGGCAUUGAGCACCAAAUUGACUUUGUGUCGGGUUCAUCUCUUCCCAAUCGGGCGGCGUACAAGGCCAACCCAAAGGAGACUCAAGAGCUUCAAAGGCAAGUCGAGGGACUCCUUGCCAAAGGUUUGAUUCGAGAAUCUCUUUCACCUUGUGUUGUACCCGUUAUUUUGGUGCCUAAGAAGGAUGGAACUUGGAGAAUGUGUGUAGAUUGUAGAGUUAUCAACAAGAUCACCAUUAAGUAUAGACACCCCAUACCUAGGCUAGAUGACAUGCUUGAGGAUCUAUGUGGCUCUAAUUGUUUCUUCAAAAUUGAUUUAGCAAGUGGGUAUCACCAAAUUCGCAUGAAAGAAGGGGAUGAAUGGAAAACCGCUUUUAAAACCAAAUUUGGCUUGUUUGAAUGGCUUGUUAUGCCUUUUAGGUUUACUAAUGCUCCUUCCACUUUCAUGCGUUUGAUGAAUCAUGUGCUUCGUCCUUUCAUUGGAAAAUUUGUGGUGUUUCUUGGAUUUGUUGUGGGGAGGGAUGGUGUGAAGGUAGAUGAGGAGAAAGUGAAGGCGAUUAGGGAGUGGCCUACACCCAAGAAUGUGAGUGAGAUUCGAUCUUUCCAUGGUCUAGCAAACUUCUAUAGGAGGUUUGUGAGGGACUUUUCCAUUAAGGCCUCUCCCCUAAAUCACAUUGUGAAGAAGAAUGUAGAAUUUGAGUGGGGAGAGGAGCAAGAAAGAGCCUUUAACACUUUGAAAAAUGACCUUACCCAUGCUCCUUUGUUAGCAUAUCUUACCAUAUCUUAG